AUGAAUCCAUUGACUCUUAUUGUUCCAAUUGAACGUAUUCCAGGAGUAAAGCAACAAAACCGUAAAAAAAUUGAUAAAUUAGCUAGUUUGUUUAAAGAAAUUAUUAAAGAGAAACAUAAAGCUAUAGCUGCUGAAAAGACUCGAGGAGAUCUUUUGGAACUUAUGUUAAAUGCUAACGAAGAUCAAGAUAAUCAAAUGUUAUCAGAUACUGAACUAAGGGAUGUCCAAGAAAAAGCUCGAGAAGAAGUAUUUAGAAUACUUGGAGACAAUUUAAUUCCAUCAGCAGAACAACAUAAAUCUUUAAAAUAUUUAAAUAUGAUUAUUUAUGAAAACCUUAGAUUAUAUCCACCGGUUAAUAUAAGUUUACACUUAAUAUAA